CAUAUCCACCACGGGAAAUUCAAGGAAAACAUAAUGAAUCCGCUCGGAGCUUUGGUGGACUGUUAGAUGUACUUUAUUAAGUCAAUCCAUCUUCAUGGUUUAAUCUCUCUGAAACCCCGAGCUCCUAGAGUUCCACCGCCAUGUGUGACUGCCUUUCCUCAACCCCAUUACGCAUUUCGGUCACCAAAUAUCAGAAAUUCGGGCUCACUAAAUUCAAUUGGAGGCCGCAGAACGAACCGAGUCCAUACAUCCACAUUCGAAACUUCCCAAGGCUAACGAAAUCCCACUGUAGAAACCCCAAUGAGGUGUUUGGGCCAAAGGAGUUACAGGUCUUACAGCGAAUUGGGUUUCAAGGAGAAAGGAGAAAAUAGCUCCGACGGGGAUGAAACGGCGUCUUCAGGUUUGAAUAUCCUUGAAUUGAAAGGUUCUUUGACGGAUGGGAAGAAUAGUACAAGGGGCGAGGAAAGUGUAGAACAGAGUGAAUUGUUGAAGUUUGAAAGAUGGGCCGAGAAAAGGGAGACAAAUGAUGCGGAGGUCAAAUAUAGUGGCAAAGCAAGUGAUCAGAAUUCGAAGCGCUUUAAGCUUGGGCUUCGUCUCGGAGCUUUGGGUGGACACCACAUCUUGGGUGGUUUUGUUUGUGCAAGUGAGGCCAAGUUUGCUUUCCGGAGAAUCAGAAAGUUUUCUUCUUGUGGACGUAAACCAGGAACAGAUAUUCGUUGGCGAAAGAAAGCGUAA